AUGCCCGCCGCUGGAGGAACAGUUCGUCACCUCAGCCAGCCACCAACGGGGGGCCACUUGCCCAGCCGCGGUCCCUUGAAUAGACCGCGAGCGAGAAACGAUACCAGUUGUUGCCGAAGCAGAAGGGAAGGGGAGAACGACCACAUGGUACGGGGCUACGCGCCGGCUUGGCCCGCAUGGCCCCAUAUUGAUGCGUGCCGCAAUGCCUGGCCCGCCGAGCCGUGCGCCUAUGUCGCCGGCCGCUCGCUCGUCAUCGGCACCUGCGAGAGCCAGUGCGAGAGCGAUAACUGCCCGAACGCGCUCGUCUGCCGACCGCGUCGCUGGGCGCGCGCCUGCGAUGGCUGCGGCGGCGGCGACACCCGCGGUCCCGGCGAGUACAGCCCGUACUCCCUCUAA